AUGGAUCCAAUCCCUGAAACGCCCGCUAUUGGGCCGGACGAGGACCGCCGUGUCUCGUUGGAGGGCGUCGUUGGAGCCCUGGUAGCGUUCUCUACCAUCUUCAUGGGGCUGCGGAUCUGGGCACGGACGUAUAGCCGCAUCCUGGGAACUGACGAUCUGUACAUGGCCGCCUGCUGGCUGACGUUCGUUGCCCUGGGCGUCUCCGCCAUCCUGAUCGGCGAGUCCGGGGGCACGCGGCACUUUGCCUACCUCACCUUAGCCGAAAAGGAGUACCAGAUCAAGCUCCAAGUAGUGCUCCAAGCGUUCGGCAUCCCCUGCACGGCCUUUGGUAAGAUCGCCGUCGCCUUCACCAUCCUCCGCAUCAUCAACCAGUCCUCCAUCAAGUGGCACGUCUGGUCCCUCUGGGUCCUCAUCAUCCUCACCGCGCUGACCUCCGCACUCGACGUGCUCCUCGUACUCUUCCAAUGCGGCGACCCGGCCAACCUCUGGGACCUGGUCGGCCAAGCCACCGGCACCCUGACCUGCCUCGACAAAGCGGCCGUGUACAACUUCAACACCUUCACGGCCUCCUUCCAAGCCUUCGCCGACUUCUACCUCGCGCUCCUCCCCAUCCACAUCAUCUGGCACCUACAAAUGCCCCUGCGGCGCAAGCUCGCGCUGGUCGCCCUCCUGGGGCUGACCACCUUCACGGGCAUCGCGGCGGUGAUCAAGACGGUGCUCGCCAGCAAGAACCUCGGCGUGGCCGCCGACCCGACCUGGGACUUGUAUGCGCUGGCGGUUUGGGCGGCCGUGGAGAUCACGCUGAUUGUGGUGUGCGGGUCGGUGCCGGCGCUGGCGCCGCUGUGGGAGCGGUUUGUGGUGCGAAGGCGGAAGCACCGGAGGGGGUAUCGCGAUACGACGGGGGGCGAGUCGUAUAUGGUGUCGGAGUAUAAUUUGUCGAGGGUGGGGAAGCAGGAUGUGGUCGGGUCGAAACAGUCGUCGAGGGUGGUGGCGUCGGCGGGGAAUUCGGUGGAUGGGGAUGGGGAUGGGGAUGGGGAGAGGGAAGGGGAUGUUGAGAGUGGGACGGGAAGGCUGGUGGGCGGGAGGGAUGUGAGGAGGUAUUCGUGA